CAAUGGAAAAACUGAAUCAUGUGACUGCAAUGUUCGUUUAAUUUCCUGUAAAAAGGCUAUUGAAACAACAAAACGUGUGCGUAAUAUUUAAUGAACCUACCAAACAAUCUAGAAUGAAAUGGUAGCGUUGAAAUCAGCAUCACUAUGAGACAUAUACAUGAUAUAAAGAUAUAAAAAUUAGAAUUCCAUGGCUGAGUCCACAUUGUCAGAACCAGACUGGACUCACAUCUUGGUAGAAACAUCUAGUCUGGAUGAUGUAAAGGGUGCACUUAGAGGUUCAUCAAGACUAAAAUUUACAUGCAUUGAUGUGUCAUCUAAAUUUCUGGCCUUUGGUAGCAAUACAGGCAGUGUGUAUGUGUUUGGAAGAUCUAAUCACAAACAUCCACAGAUUAUUUUUCCUGAGAUUGAACCAGCACAAGUGAACUGUGUAUCAAUCAGUCCUAUAGAUAAAUCUGUUGCCUUUUCAACAGUGAAAGGCCAUGUUGUAGUUGUGGAACUGAGCACAGAAAAAGGUUCAAGACAAAAACCUGAGAGGUUGCGAUUGAUUACUGACCAUGUUCAGUCAACUGUGACCAGUAUUACUUGGGAUACCACAGGAAGUAAACUUUAUACUGGAGACAAUCUAGGGAGAAUUUAUGCAACAUCAAUUCCUAGUACAAAAGUACAGAAUUUGGUAUCACUACCACCUGAGAUCAUUCUUAGAUUAGAUUCUCCUAUCUGUCAAGUGGAUUUCUCAGAAGAUAAACUACUGGUGUCUACAUUACACAAGUGUUACCUGUGUUAUACAUCUAGGCAAAAAUUUACUCACAUCGGAACUAAAUCAAGAGAAGGGGAGUAUGGAGCUUGUUUUUACAGACAGCCUAGUACAGGGUUAUACAGAAUAUAUUGUGCGAGACCUGGAUCUAGAAUAUGGGAGGUUGACAUAGAAUGUAAUGUGUUAUGUACACACAUGUUUAAACAUCUGUUAGCAAUACCAGCGCUACCUAUGGUCAGUAGUGUGGACUACUACUGGAAGGCACCAUUGAAAGAAAACAACGAACCUAAAAGUGUGGCCUUUCCGAAACUGAAGACAACAAGAGAAAACUUUCUGUUUACUUGGUGUAAGACUAAUAUAUAUGUCCUUGACCCUGUCAACAUCAAGGUUAUAUUCUGGACAGACAUGGGAGCAGAUAUUCAAAAUAUAGUAAGCAGUGACAGUUACCUCUUUAUAUUUUACUGCAACGGAAACAUUCAAAAGACCAAGAUCUUUCCUAUUCCUCAAUGUGUUUCAAUUCUUAUUUCUAAAAAAUCUUGGAUUCUAGCCGAAGAAAUUUAUAGUUAUUUUUACACAUGGAUUGCAAAAAUGAGAUGGAAAAAGUAUGUCUCUGUCGAAGACUUAGAAAAAUUAAAAGAACAUUGUAAAAAUUCAAGUAAUGAAACAAUAGGAAGUGUAAUAGACAACAUGGUGUCCUCAUAUCCAGUCCAGCAUGAUAGUGAAUCAUCGGGACUAGAAGAUUCCUUUUCAGAUAGAAGUCGAUCAAGUAGUAAUGCUUCUAUACAAAAACUAGAAACUGGGAUAUAUAGGAUAAAUAGUCAGCCCUCAUUAUUAUCUCCUGAGAUUAGGAGUAUUCCUGAAGAUUUUCAGUCUAGUUUUACAGGCGGUAAAAAUCCAGUCUUAACAAACUUAAAAUCAGAAAUUAUUGGAUUGAUUGAUAGCACUACUAAAGAAGUUAAAAUUGAAAAAGAAAAUUUGAGUUUCAAAAGUGAAGAUUUGUCUUUUGGAAAAGAAACAAUGGAUUCAACAAGUAAUAAUUUGUCAGAAAUUUCAUGUAAUGUCACUCAGCUUCCAGAUUUGACUGUGAAUGGUGCUUAUAAUCAACAAAGAGAAUUUGAUAUUUUAUAUACACGUGAGGAUGAGCUUGAUAGUAAAAAAAGUAUUAUAAUUUCUGGUGAAAUAGGAAUUGAUGAAUUGGAAAAUGAAACAGUAUUAAAUACUGCACUUAAUGGUCAGACCACAGUUAUAGAGGAAAACACUAAACCAAUGAUCAAUGGAACUGAAGGUGCCUCUGGCAUUGAUAAUAGUAUUGUUGUUGGUUUACAAAGAACAAAUAAAACAUACAUGAAUGAGGAAAAGGAAACUGAAAGAAAAUCUUUUGUAAAUGACCACACAAAGCAGCAAAGUGAAAGUAGAAUAACUGAAAAUUGCAUCCAAGAAACUGUAGAAGACAUAUUUGCAGGAGAAGAUUCAAAACCAGUCCUAGCCAUAGAUGUGAAUGACGUGACUCCACUUGUAGUAUCUAGACAAACUUCUAAACAGAGGAAGAAAAAACCCAGAAAAGGAUCUGUCAAUACACUAGAAGAUGAGGGAAAGACUAUCCCACAGAAAGGAAUGAGAAGAAGUAAAAGUAUGGGAUCAAUAUCAAGGAGUGUAGAAAAAAAACUACAGCACAGACAGUCCAUAGAAGAACCACUUACUGAAGAAUGUUUAUCGCAGCCUGUGGAGGUCAGUCAUGUUGACACUGAUAAUAAAAGCCUAGGAGAAGGAAGUAAUAACUCUUCUCCAUCAAGUUCUCUGGCUCAAUCUUGGGAGAGCUCUAACAGUGAAAUGUUUGGUGGACUCAGAAAAAAUGUUCAAUCAAUGCUAACUACAAAAAAGAACAAGAUUCUGCAGGCAAUCAAAUCAAAAAAGCUUCCAAGGUCACCAGGUCGAGAAGGGAGGAGUACACCAGAUACUUUGUCUUUGGAUAGUAUGGAUGGAAUCAUAAUCUCAGCUGACAAAGUACAGAAGGAUUUGGUGGAGUUAGCCCCAGUUGUCAAAGGUCCGAUUGAUCUCUCUAAUUUACAGAAAAGUACUGAGGAAACUAGAAAACUGUUGCAAGAUGUCAAUGUUCUACUUAAUCCUAUAGAGUUACAAAAGACUCUGUCCGAUUGGAUAAAACACCUCAACCAAUCACUUUAUCAGUUACAUACAUUCCUUUAUGCUGAAAGAAUAAGAAAAUAUCACACAUGUAGCAAAGAAAAAAAUGAAAAUAGUCAAAUAUUUGACCAACCAAAUAUUUUAGAGCAAAGCGGAGAAGAAAAUAUCAAUAAUUCUGGAAUUGGUAAUUCUAAACUGAAUGAAGGUCAUUUCAAGGUUAAAAGUGCUGUAGCAAUUUCUACAGGAUCAAGCCAUUCAAUCAAAAGUAAAACCUUCCACCAUUUAGACUAUUUGAUUGAGGAAGACAAUUUAAACUUUGGUCAAAUCUGUUAUGUCAAUGACCCAUUUUUAAUGGAAAGAGAUUUUCAACAGAAUGUGGCAGAGUUAACAGAAAUGUGUUUUGGUUGUGGUUGCCAUGGUGAUGUUUCAAAUUUUACCUUCCCUAGUUUGAAAGAUUUGAAUGAUAUUGAAAUCUGUGAUAAGUGCAAUGAAGUGCUCAAUGUAGAAAAAUUUAGCAUUUAUAUUCUCCACCAGAGAGAUUCUGGGUUUAGUGACAGUGGUGAAAUGAAGCAAGAUUCCAAAAACUCUAAGACUGAAACGGCAGCAGGUUUUGGUUAUCUUGAAAAGGAAGAAAGUGGUCAUAUAAAAUGUAUCAGUAAUGAACCACUAAGAGAUAUUGUUGAGACGGAGGGCUCCAAAAAUUUAGAUGACUCUUCUUCAGUACAAACAUGUCCUAAAUGGACUAAUGAAAAAAAUACCACUGACUUGAAUGAUCAAAGUAAAUUAGAAUGUAGUAGUUUGACAGAUAAGGAUACUAUCAAUACUCAGGAAAAGUUAGAAGCAGUAUUAAAAGAAGAAGAUUCCUUUGAUGACUUAGACAGUCUCUCUGGUCCAGUAUCAAACAGCUCUGAUAAAAGUAUCUUAAGCCUUUCUGACAGUAUUCCAGAUUCUCAUUCUUUGGAAUCUGAUAAAAGCAUUGAAUCAUCUUUCGUCAAUGAAAAGGGAACAGAAAAAUGUGUUCAGGGUAAGACUAUGGCAGUAAAUGAAGCUGUAGUCAAUGACAACAGUAGCAGUAGACCAUUCAAAGACACAAAACAUCAUCCAUGUUAUCAUUGUCAUCAGUGUCAUACAAUUUGUUUCCAUGGUAAACAUUUAAAGAAAGAAUGUUUAGAUUUCCAGACAUUUGUUCAAAGUUACUUCUUCUUACUGGAUAUUGAUAAUAUAAAGAACAAAGCUCAUUGCUUUGAUGAACAGUCAUACCAAAUUUGGUGUGGACUAGUCAAUGCUUUAAGAGAAUGUUGCAAAGAAGAUGUACCAUAUAAUAGAAUGGAACAAGAACUAUCAACAAUGACUGAUUUACUGAGGUUGGGAGAAUUUCAACAAAGCAAAACAUUAGGAUACAUCUCUAGGUUAUUUGAGCUUAAUCCAACAAAAGCUAUAGACCUGUGUGUAGAUGUUGCUACAAUUUGUCCUCAGGACAUUAUUUUCUUCUGUAACCUUUAUUUGCUGCCAGUGGAAACCUAUUUCUAUAAAUUUAUGAAAGCAAGGGUCACAGACAGUUCUGAGCACAGUUUCUAUGACAAUGAAAUGGUUGUUAAGAAAUGGCUAGAAAUAUUACUCCAGACUGCAAACCAUAAAGAGAAAGUUAUGGAUGAGAACUGUAAUCCAAGAUCGAUGAGCCACUGUUUGAAAUGGAAUGACCAAGACAUAAUUGAUCAUGUGAUUUCAGUAACCAAUGAAAAUUUGAUACAGCAUCAUUUGAACUUAUGCAGUCAAGAGGGAUAUUGGAAUGGCCUGCUGGUUUUGUUGAAACAUAAGGAAAGAUUGGAGGAGAUGCUCAUGCUUAUACUGUAUCUAAAUGAUGUCAAACUCCUGGAUAAUAAUCAACCUAAUGGAAUACUUCCAAGUUCAGUGGAAGAUUGGAAAUGGUUUCUGAGUCAGUAUUCCUCAUUAAAUCACCAAAAUACUGCAGCAACUGACACUGAUCAAUCAAAUGACCAGCUAGUGUCAUGGUCAGAAGGAGGAGAUGACCAUUGCAUUCCUCAGUGCCCCCCAAUUACAUGGAAUGCUAUAGGACAGUUGAUGUUACAGAACUUAGGACCAGUAACUACAGUCCAUGUUAUAAAAGACUGUAACAUGACAGAUCAGAUGUUUUCACUCCCUUUCUUCCAAUCAUGUGUUCUUAGUUCAUUCAUCCAUAGACAACAAAGAAAUGUUACACACAGUUUACUAGAGAAGUUAGAUUCUUACCUAUGGACAAAGAAACCAAAUACACUUAUGCCAGAGUUACAGUUCUUAGUGAACAGUCAGAAAGAAGGGAUUGCAGAAGAUGUAAAGGUUGAAGAGCAGGACAGCAUGCUUUACAUGACUUCAGAUCACAGUUUGACCAGCAGACGUUACAGAGAGGAUAUGGAGAGUCAUUGGGGAACCAGUACAAAAAUCAACAGGAAUUGCAGAAACUGUAACAUUCAAUUAACUGAGACAGUAUCUCAUGUGGAACCUGGAGUACUCAUAUUUCCUUGUGGACAUGGAUUUCACAAGUUUUGCUGUCCUCUUAGAGAGUGCAUCAUAUGCUUGGAAUUAGAAUGAAAGAAUAAUAUAUUCCAUAAAUCAAAGUGCUUAAACAAGUUUCUGUACUCAUAUUAAAAUGUAAUACUCUUAAUGAUAAUGAAAUUAAGAACAGAAACCUGUCUGGGGUAUAGACUUGGGUAAUUGUAACCUGUACUAUUUAAACACAACACUAGGAAUGUUAUUUAUGUGUAUUACUCGAGUUCAUAUACAUAGAUAAUGUAAUUUGAAACAAAUUUUAAGGGUAUUGAUCAUUCCAGCCAUAUAUUUUUAUCCAGAAUGGGUUACAUGGUAUAUUUUAUUAAUAUAUUUAGAAGAAAGAAAAUAAAAAAGAUAACACUUUGUAAACUUUAUGCAUCAGCAGUGCUUUGGGAUUUUACCUCGACCCAUCAGGAUGCCAAGGAUUUAUAAGAACUGAAGCAUAUGGAGAGCAAUCUGACCAAAAAACUAUCUUAAAUAUUUAAUGCAAGUAAAAGAAAAAAAAACUGAAAAAUUAUCACAUCUUUAUAUCAGAAGUAAUUUUGAUUGUUAGACGGCAUGUCUUUAAAUACCUCAUAACUUAAUGUGUAAGCAAAGAAUUUAUAUUUUUUUAUUUUGUUAGUUUGUAACCAGCAUAUGGUUUAAUGUUUGCUUUUAUCAUUAAAGUUGUAUGAUGUCUUAUUUCUUUUAUGAUCAAUUUAUUUAAGUCUUUUAAGGAUGUUUGCUCUUCUCGUUUUUGAAUUUUUGCCAGAUUUUCGGAAUCCUCUGGUUUUUCCAUGUAGUGCCAUUAAAAAUUUUUGCCCACUAACCCCUACUUUUCUUUCCAUAAUUUGAUUACAUAUAGUUUAAAAUGCCAUCAUUGAAAAUCUUAUAAAAUCCUUGUUAUUUUUUCAUAGUUUUUGAAAGAAAAAAGGUGCCAAUGAAAAAUGUAUGAAAAAUCUAGAGAGAAUCAUUUCCAGCCAUAUUUUCAAUGGCUUAUAUCUCAAAAACAAGCACCCAGACACUUCAUUUUUUUCUGCUUUUUUAGUUUACAUUAUUUAUAUACUAUCAAUUUAUAACAGUCUUUUAAAAGGCUUGUUAUUUUAAAACAGAGUAGCGAACAUCCUUAAACUAUUAUUGGUAAGAAACUUGGUCUGCAUCAUGGUUAGGAUGUAGUUUUAUCAGAUUGUGCUAAUCAAUGUGGAAUCCAUUACAAUAAUAAAAGAUGGAAGUAAAACACAUAUUUUAUCAUGGCCUUCUCAGUUAUGUAGGCUAUCAGGUUUAAAAGAGAUUAAAUUAAAAACUUUAUAGAUACCCAUGCUGUCUGACCAAUAUGGGCAUUGUCAUAAAACAAUGAACUUUAACAAAAUUCUUUUAAAAAUCAUGACUGAAUUAUAUAAAUGGCAGUUUGAAUUCAUUUCGGCAUUAAUUUUGUUUACACUGUUGACUCCGAAAGGAACGGGGGCUUAACAACUAAAUUUUGUGUAUAAAAACAUUUGAACAUAGCUUUUAUUGUUCUACCAGUAAAGUUCUCUCACUUUAUUUUGCCUCAACCAAAUGUUAUGAAACUUAUACACAAUGCUUAUUACCAAAAAACACAGGUCAAGUUUGAAUUUUGGUGGCGUCAAUUUUAACGUUCUAGAGUUAUGCCCCUUUACAAAUGGAAAAAUAGCUGAAUUUUUCGUUUCCAUUCUCUUACUUUAGUUUGCCUCAACCAAUUGUUAUGAACCUUAUACACAAUGCUUAUUAACACAAAACACAGAUCAAGUUUGAAGUUUGGUGGUGUCACUUUUACCAUUCUAGGGUUAUGCCCCUUUACAAAUGGAAAAAUUCCUGAAAUAUUUGUUACUGUUCUCUUACUUUAGUUUGCCUCAACCAAAUGUUAUGAAACUUAUGCACAAUGCUUAUUACCACAAAACUCAGAUCAAGUACAAAUUUGGGUAGCAUCACUUUUACAGUUCUUGAGUUAUGUCCCUUUAUAAUGUUAUAUGCAAGCGGGGGCAUCAUCUGUGUCCCAUGGACACAUUCCCCAUUUAUUUACUUUUAGUUUUUGUAAAUACUUUGUCUGCAUUUUGUUUUUAUUAUUUAUAAAGAUUUGUAUAUUUUAUAACUGUAUUAAUGUAUUGCUAAAAAAUGAGCUGCAUUGGAUAGAAAUCAACCUUAUGCAAAUGAAUAUCAAUACAUCUUUUAAGCUAUUUCAGGUUGAAGAAAUCUCUACGAAAAGUCUGUAACUGUUUGAAAAUUUAGUUGUUAUAAGAACCCUACAAAACAGACCAAAAUUCAUCUUUUAUUUUAUAUUUGAAUAUUCCAACAUCAAUGAAAGUCUUACACAUGUACAUGUAUACGUGCAUUUGCAUAAGGUCGAUUUCUAUCAGACGCAGCUCAAAUGUUAGAUAUUAUGAUAAUUGAUUGACACAGAUAAGGUGCUUAAUUUAUAAUGGUGCUCAGGUUUUGUUUACUGUAAUGAUCAUGUACAGGAUUGGUUUUGCUCAUUGUUGAAGGUCACACUGUGGCCUAUGAUUGUUCACAUCUUCGACCUUUAGUCUUUAUGGACAGUUGUCUCAUUGUCAAUAAUACCACAUCUCCAUACUUUUAUAGUGGUUGUCUUUUAUUGCAGUAUACAAUUAUAAUUCAUUUAUAAAUGUUUUAUACAUGGUAUUUUUUGCUUAUAAUAAUGAUAUCUUUUGAAAAUAAUAGAAUUGACAAAAAUUUAAUGAAAAGAUAUUAUUUUUGUCCCCCCCUCCCCCCCCCAAAAAAAAAAGAAAAGAAAAGAAGAAAUUCAUUAGUCAGUAAGGUAUUUCUGGAAAGGUUGUGUUUUAAUUUGUGCCAUAUUAAUCUAGUUCCCUCAAAAGGAGAUCAUAAUUUUUUCUAAGAAUUGACAUUUACCAAUAAAUGUUUUUUUUUUUUUAUUAGUUAUUGUCUGUUGAGAUCAGACAUUGAUAUGUUGAAGAGUGCAAGGGGCAAGGGAAUUAUCAAUUAUCACUAAGAAAUGUUGUGUCUGAUUGAUAAGGAGUUAUUUCAUACAAAAUAAUGCAAUACACUUUGUGGAUUGUUUUUAUUAUUGGAGAUAUCAUCCAAGUACAUGUACCAACUUAUGGAUUAACACACAAUAUUAUUUAGAUGUGUAAAUAGUUUUGGUUUAUUCUCACUAAUAACAAAUUUUUUAUGGCCCCCGCAACAAAGUAUAUAUAUAGUUUUACCCUUAUCUUUCAUUCCGUCAUUCCGUCAUUCAGCAACAACCAGUUAUACAGACUUUUGUUCUAAACGCCUUCACAUAUUGAGCUGAUUUUUAGUAUGUGAGUUUACUAUGAUGAGUUACAGAUUGAGUUUACAUUUAGUCCCACUCCACUGAAAUUACCGGCUUUUGACUUUGAAAAUUUCAUGAAUAUAGCAGUUAUACAAACUUUUUGAGAUGAUAUUUAGUAUGUGAGUCCACUAUAAUGAGUUACAGAUCAAGAUUACGUUUGGUUCUGCUCUGCUGAUAUUUGCUGAAAUUUUGGGCUUUGGACUUUGAAUAUUUUGUGAAAAUAACAGUUAGACAGACGUUACCAUAUUGAGCUGAUUUUAGUAUGUUGAGUUACAGAUCCAGUUUAGGUUUGGUUCCGCUCCAUUGAUUUUUGCUGAAAUUAAAGGAUUUGGACUUUGGAAACUUUGUGAAAAUAACAGUUAUGCGGACUUUCAUUCUCAAAUUUCCACUCCUAAAAAUGGCUUCAAGCUGUUUUUUGCAAGCGGGGCCAUUCGUGUCAUUCCGACACAUUUUAUUUAAAUGUAAAUAUUGUUGUUUAUCACUAAUAGCCGUUUCUAUUAGUUUUAAGGAUUCUAUUAUGUUUGUAUUUCUUUGUACAUUCCAGUAAUACAUUUCUUUAUGUUCACAAAAUAGCAGGGUGAUAUAUUUUGUCCAUGUAUAGUAUUUAUGAGUAUUUAUGAGUUUUAUAAAGUACAUAGCAAGAUAUAGAACAAUACCUCAUAUCCACCAUUGAGAUGCUGAUAACAGCAAUAUUGUACUGCAGUCUUUCAGUAAGUUAUAUGCAUCAUUUCAUAUUGGUAUGGUUCACAUCCAAAGUUUGAUUAACCAAUUAAAUUGUGAGAAAAUGAAAAACCUUUUACUGCAGUAUACUGCAUGAAAAUAAUCAUGUAUGAAAUAAUCUGUUUACAGAAUUAAACUCAUCAAAGAUACCAGGCUUAAACUUGUGUAUGUCAGACAUAGUUUGGUCUACAAAAGACUGAUCAGUGACUAUUGAAUCAAAAAUCUUAAAAGGCCACAUAAAGUAAGAAGUUGAAGAGCAUUUAGGAUCAAAAAUUCUGAAAGGGUUUGCCAAUAAUAGCCAAGGCAAUUUAUUCCUGGGAUAAUCAAAAUGAUUAAUGCAGUUAAAACUGUCUUGAAAUUUCUGAACCAAUCUGUCAAUAUAUAAGACACUGAAGCACAAAAAAAAACAAUAUUUUUUUUUUUAUUAUCAUAUCGAUUUUAAUUGGUUCUGUCUGAUAAAGUAUGCUGGUUUAGUACGAAUACUGUCAACUUUAUAGUUGAUGGUUACUGUGACAUUUUAAAAGACAAUUAUUUCAAGUCAGCCAAUAUACAAUAGCUAUAGCAUUUAAAAUAAAUUAUUAUUCCAUAAAUUUUUUUUUAUUUUUUUGUUUUUGAACUACUACUUGUGUUGAAAUGCUUUAUGAUUUCUUUCCUGGUUGGUUUAUAGCAGAGGUAUUGAAAGUAUUAAAAAGAUACAAUUUUCUAGUUUAUAUUUUGAUAGAGUGUCUUAGGAAUUUACUGAAAACAAAUAAAUGAUAUGUAAUUGUUAUACAACUAUGGCCUUAAACAAACUCAUUAGUAGUUUGUUAUGUAAAGAGUAUUGAGGGCUUUAAAAGUGCAAUUUGUUAAUGGUAUCUACAAUGAUUGUUAAUUUUACUUGUUAGUUAUUGCAAGGUGAAUUUAUGAGUUAAACUUUAUAUGUAAAAAAUGUUAAUGAUUUUAUCAUUUAUAGGUUUUGAAAUAAACUAUUCAAGUUGAA